ACCUAAUCUUCCCACCAAAGAGUAUGGCCUUCUUUCAUGCAUUUCCAUUUCUUCUGUUAGCUUUUUUUAUCUCCAUCAAAAGCCCAUUCCAUGGAGUAGACUCAGCCCCUUUCAAUACUCUCACAGACAAACAGGCCUUGCUCUCUUUCAAGGCUUCUAUCAGUGACCCUUCAAACAUCCUAUCUUCAUGGAAUGAUAGCUCCACCCUUUGUAAUUUCACCAGAGUUUCCUGCAACAGAUCAGGCCAAAGAGUAGUGGGCCUUCAUCUCGCUCGCCUCCAAUUAACGGGCACGAUAAGCCCGUUCGUCGGAAAUCUCUCCUUCCUCCGUUACCUCUACCUACAAGAAAACCGAUUCACAGGUCCACUCCCCGACCCAAUUGGCAAUCUUUUCCGCUUACAGGUUCUUAACAUGAGCACCAAUUUCAUCGAUGGCGCCGUUCCACCAAACAUAAGCAAGUGUACUGAGCUUAUGGUCUUCGACAUAACAGGAAACAGGAUCUCUGGCAGUUUCCCUCCGGAGCUCGGCCGACUUUCAAAGCUCCAAGUCCUUAAUAUGGGCCACAAUCAGCUUUCUGGUACAAUCCCACCCUCUCUAGGAAACCUUUCAUCACUCACCACUCUAAACUUACGUACAAAUUCUCUCCAUGGAACAAUCCCAAGCGGCUUGGGAUAUCUCCCAAACUUAAAAUACUUUCAAAUCUCUUUAAACAAUAUCAGAGGCACUGUCCCACUGUCCUUAUACAACCGUUCUUCCCUUGUAACAUUUGCUUUUGCAUCAAACCAACUAUGGGGUGAAAUCCCAAGCGAUAUCGGCUUUAAGCUUCCAAAUCUUCUAGACUACCAUACCUGCUUCAAUAAGUUCACCGGUCCACUUCCAUCGUCAUUAAACAACAUCACCAACAUCGAAAGCAUCCGAAUGUCCAACAACUUUCACAGCGGAUCCAUCCCACAAGGACUAGGAAGCCUCCCUAAACUCCGUCAAUAUAACAUUGGGUUUAAUAAGAUCAUCAGCUCGGGUGACAGCGGCCUAGAUUUCAUAACAUCUUUGGGAAACAGCAAGAAACUUGAAUACCUUGCCUUUGAUGAGAACCUUCUUGAAGGCCUGGUUCCUGAAACAAUUGGCAAUCUUUCGACCAAUCUAAGGCAUUUAUACAUGGGAAGGAAUCACAUCUAUGGAAGCAUACCUGCUUCAAUUGGUCGACUUACCAACUUGGCUUUGUUGAAUUUGAGCCAUAAUUCGAUCUCCGGAGAAAUUCCACCAGAAAUCGGCCAGCUCAAGGAACUGCAGAUGUUGGGUUUGGCUCAAAAUCGCAUCCAAGGCAGAAUCCCGGCUUCGCUUGGAAAUCUAGCCAAACUAAAUAAGCUUGAAUUGUUCGGUAACGAUCUGGAGGGAAGCAUACCUGUGACUUUUGGAAACUUCCAAUCGCUUCUUUCGUUGGAUCUUUCCAACAAUAGGCUCAAUGGAAGCAUACCCAACGAAGUUUUUUGCCUCGCUAGCUUGACUUCUUUUCUAAACCUAUCAAAAAAUUCUCUAAAAGGAUCUCUUUCUCAAGAUAUUGGAAUUUUGAAAAAUGUGCAAGCGAUCGAUGUCUCGAAGAAUAACAUACCCGGAAGCAUUCCUAACUCAAUCAGGAAUUGCAAGAGCUUGCAAGAUCUGUUGAUGUCCCAGAACUUGCUAUCUGGCCCCAUUCCGGCGUCUCUAGGGGAAGUUAGAGGACUGCAGACUCUAGACCUCUCAUCGAAUGAACUCUCCAGCACCAUACCAUCAGAUCUCCAGAACCUCCAAGUUCUUCAGUUCUUGAACCUCUCUUUCAAUCAUCUUGAAGGAGAAGUUCCAAGUAAUGGGAUCUUCCAUAAUCUCUCGGCAGUUCAUCUUGAAGGAAACUCUAAGCUAUGUACGUUUCCCGCCUGCAGGAAAACUCAAAUUCCUUCCUCUCAUGGAAGAAAAUUGGCCACAAUUCGUAUUAUAGCGGGGACUGCCGGUUCUAUUGUGGUAUGUUUGGUUUUGGUUCUCUUAUAUGUUCUGUUUUACAGAAGACAAGGCACAGCCAAAAUUGCUUCAACCUCAGAAUCCUUUACCAGGCGACAUCAAACGGUUUCCUACCUAGAGCUUCUAACAGCCACUGGCAAUUUCAAUCCAUCAAAUAUAAUUGGGAGUGGUGGCUUCGGGUCCGUCUUUAAGGGAGUCCUUAGAGAUGGAAUGGCAGUCGCCAUCAAGGUGCUUGAUCUGGAUACAAAUGGAGCUUCGAAGAGCUUCCUCGCUGAGUGCAACACUCUUAGGAAUGUCCGGCAUCGGAAUCUUGUUAAACUAAUCACAUCUUGCUCGAGUGUGGAUUUCAGGAACGUGGAUUUCCUAGCUCUGGUGUAUGAAUUCGUGGAGAAUGGGAGCUUGCAGGAAUGGAUUCGACGUCUGAGGAGGACUGGAGAUGGAGAUGGAUUAAAUGUGGUGGAGAGAUUGAAGAUUGCAAUUGAUGUGGCAUGUGCUAUGGACUACUUGCACCAUGACUGUGACCCUCCUGUAGUGCAUUGUGAUCUUGAGCCUAGCAAUGUGCUGUUGGAUGAGGAGCUGAAUGCAAAGGUAGGAGACUUUGGGCUGGCAAGAUUGAUGGUGGAGAGAGGAGCUGACAACCAAUAUUCUACCACAAAUGGGCUCAAGGGGUCCAUAGGAUACAUACCUCCAGAGUACGGUCUAGGAGGGAAACCAUCAACAGAGGGAGAUGUGUACAGCUAUGGAGUGAUGUUGCUGGAACUUUUCACCGGGAAGAGCCCAACUGACGCCACUUUCACAGGAGACCUAAGCCUACACAAAUGGGUACUCUCAGCUAUCCCUACUAAGACUAUGGACGUCUUGGACCCUGCUUUGCUUGACAAGGUGAACCUCUGCUACCAUGGCCAUACGAUCAGUGCUGAAAAGCAACAUCAAUGCUUGGUUUCUAUCAUCGUAGUUGGCUUGUCCUGCACCGUAGAUUCGCCUGAAGCACGCAUUAGCAUGAGAGAUGUUCUCCACAAAUUGAAGGGCAUCGAAGAUGCUCUCAUGAAGCCUGCGUUGAUCUGGGCCGUCCAAAUCUAA